UCGAAAAAAAAAAAAAGAUUGGUUCGUGCUCGAAAUUUGGGAUUUUGAAGGAAAGAGGUUUGAGUUAAUUCCAAAUCUGAAUCUGUAAAAAACUCUUUACCUUUCACUGGGGUAUGUAGUAGAAGCCCUCACUACUCGAGAUUCCAGCUCUCGCUUCUUCUUCUGCCUGCAUCGUUAGGGUUUCCAACAAAAUCGAAAAUCCUUACUCUAUCUAAUAGAUGGAGGGCAGACGGAUUACAGCUAGCCCUAGGCCUUGCAGCGGCGGAAGAAGAGUCGUCGCGAAGAAGAGACCUCGUCCCGAUGGCUUCGUCAACAGUGUCAAAAAGCUCCAACGAAGAGAAAUCUCGUCUCGUAAAGAUCGAGCUUUCUCCAUCAGCACUGCCCAGGAGCGAUUCCGCAACAUGCGUCUCGUGGAGCAAUACGAUACUCAUGAUCCCAAGGGACAUUGUUUAGUUGCGUUACCGUUUUUGAUGAAGAGAACUAAAGUUAUUGAGAUAGUUGCUGCGAGGGACAUUGUCUUUGCGCUUGCUCACUCUGGUGUCUGUGCAGCUUUCAGUAGAGAGACGAAUAGGAGGAUAUGCUUUUUGAAUGUAAGUCCAGAUGAAGUCAUUAGGAGCUUGUUCUACAACAAGAACAAUGAUUCCCUCAUCACUGUUUCUGUUUAUGCUUCUGACAAUUUCAGCUCUUUGAAAUGCAGAUCCACUAGAAUUGAGUAUAUUCUGAGAGGUCAGCCAGAUGCAGGGUUUGCCCUUUUUGAGUCUGAAUCGUUAAAGUGGCCUGGUUUUGUAGAGUUUGAUGACGUUAAUGGAAAGGUGCUUACGUAUUCUGCACAGGACAGUGUGUACAAGGUUUUUGAUCUGAAAAACUAUACCAUGCUGUAUUCGAUAUCAGAUAAACAUGUCCAAGAAAUUAAAAUAAGUCCAGGGAUAAUGUUAUUGAUCUUCAAGAGAGCUACAAGUCACGUUCCUUUGAAGAUUCUUUCUAUAGAAGACGGCACAGUUCUCAAGUCCUUCAAUCAUUUGCUUCACCGGAACAAGAAAGUUGAUUUCAUUGAACAAUUCAACGAGAAACUUCUCGUUAAGCAAGAGAAUGAGAAUCUCCAAAUACUCGACGUCAGAACCGCUGAACAAAUGGAAGUUAGCAGAGCAGAGUUCAUGACACCGUCUGCGUUCAUAUUUCUUUACGAGAACCAGCUGUUUCUAACAUUCAGGAACCGGAACGUGUCCGUGUGGAACUUUCGUGGAGAGCUGGUGACUUCCUUUGAGGACCAUCUUCUAUGGCAUCCGGACUGCAACACAAACAACAUCUACAUAACAAGUGAUCAAGAUCUGAUCAUCUCGUAUUGCAAAGCUGAUACUGAAGAUCAAUGGAUAGAAGGAAAUGCGGGAUCAAUUAAUAUCAGCAAUAUAUUGACUGGGAAGUGCUUAGCUAAGAUAACAUCAAGCAGUGGACCUCCAAAAGAAGAUGAGAGCAGCAGUAGUAGUAGUAGUUUGGGGACCAACUCAAAGCAGAGGAGAAACGCUGUGGCUGAAGCUUUGGAAGACAUAACGGCUCUAUUCUAUGACGAAGAACGCAAUGAGAUAUACACUGGAAACAGACACGGUUUUGUUCAUGUGUGGUCCAACUGAUCUCACAUCACGUCAUCAUCGUUGGCUACUUCUACUGUACUACUUGGUUUCUUCAAUUGUGUGUAGUACUCAAAUCUUUUAACUUAGUGUCUUUUGAGCAGCUUGUUGUGAAUCUACUUUGGGCAUGCGUUUGUGUGUUGUGUAACACUAGUAUCAUCGUACGUAACAUUUGGGGUUUGAUAAUUUUAUUAGAGACCCUUUAUUUCACUUAAAAGAAACCCUACAUCUUAGCAA